GUUGCAGUUUAAAAUUUAACUGACCCCCCAAUAAUGGAGGGCGAAAUCGACGUCAACGCUCUUAGCGACGUUGAGAAAGCAGAGGAAGUUAAAUCUGAAGAUGCAUCCCCCAUUUCGAGCUCCAAGCAGGCCUCGCCGUUGGCUUCCGGUACUUCUCGCUCAUCGGACUCCGAGCCUGAGCCUGAGCCUGGGUCUGAGUCCGAGUCCGAGUCUGAAAACCCUUUACCUGAGCUCAAUGCGAGCAACUUACUCCCUAAACCUUACCUGGGUGCCGCAACGGGUACGAUGCUCAGAAAUCCAGAUCAUGAACGCAUAGCACAGCAAACCACCGAAGUGUCGCUCGCCAAAACUCUACCUAAACCUCCCAAGUUAUCGGAGAAAACAGGAUUACCAAUGACAAGAGCUGAGAGGAAAGCUCUCCGCGACUCUACGACCGGACCGAAAUGGUUCGAUCUCCCCGCACCCUCCGAAUCCGAUCUCCCCCGUCUCGCGCGCGAAGUCGAAAUGAUGCGCCUACGAAACGCCCUCGAUCCCAAACGUUACUACAAAGCCGAUGACAACCAUGAGAAUCCUUUACCAAAGCACUUUGUCAUCGGACAUAUCGUCGCUACCGAUUCGAACAUGAAGAAAGAUCUUGCUGGAGCGGGGAGAGACGAUCUACCCAAGUCUAGGAGAAAACGAACGAUCGUCGAAGAGUUAUUGGCGGAUGAAGAAACGAAGGCGUACGCGAAGAAGAGGUUCGAAAAGUUGGAAGCCCAGAAGCCCAUAGCGAGAAGACAAACUAAACGGAAAAGGAACUAAAACUGAAGGGGGGAGGGGGGGAUGUUGCGUUGGAGGAUUCCUUUUCCCAUCUGACCGCGCAUGCAUGAUUAUACCACCAAAACUUCCUUGACUACAUCUCAUUCGGGUUAGCACUAUCAGCAAUAUUCUACUAGACAUGCUGUAAACACCUACUUUUGGGCACAAUACGAUAUAACAAACCAACUUUGUUC